CUAUCUGUUGGGUGAAGAUGGCGGCUGGUUGCUUAGUGCUGCUACCACAGAUUUCCCCCUGAUCAUUGAAAUACAUUGUGCUUAGUUUUGUUUACCUGUUGUUUGUUAGGUGUGUGCUCGCUGUAUAAAUUAACAGCAUGUCCGAUUCUGAAGAAGACAGUCAGGACAGGCAGCUGAAGAUGGUGUUAAUCGGAGACGGAGCCUCGGGAAAGACGUCACUCGCCACCCGUUUUGCACAGGAGGCUUUUGGGAAACAGUACAAACAGACGAUAGGGCUGGAUUUCUUCCUCAAGAGAAUCACCCUGCCAGGAAAUCUGAACGUCACUCUGCAAGUGUGGGACAUCGGAGGGCAAACUAUUGGAGGAAAGAUGCUGGAUAAAUAUAUCUAUGGGGCUCAGGGUGUUCUCUUGGUGUAUGACAUCACUAACUCUCAGAGUUUUGAGAAUCUAGAGGACUGGUACAGCAUGGUGAAGAAAGCAAACGAGGAGUCUGAAGUACAACCAGUUAUAGCUCUGGUGGGCAACAAGAUUGAUUUGGAGCACAUGCGGACAGUAAAGGUGGACAAACACCAGCGCUUCUGUCAAGAGAAUGGCCUCAUCAGCCAAUUUGUGUCAGCUAAGACGGGAGACUCGGUGUUCCUUUGUUUCCAAAGAGUGGCAGCAGAGAUUUUGGGAAUAAAACUGAAUAAAGCAGAAAUAGAGCAGUCACAGCGGGUGGUGAAGGCGGACAUUGUGAACUACAGUCAAGAGUCUGUGGCCCGGACGGUCAACCCUCCACGAAGCUCCAUGUGUGUCAUACAGUGAUCAACAGACACUGGGUUCCUUUUUUCACCUCCCCUUUUCUCUCUUUUUAUCUUUUCUCUCUUUGUCUAGAUAUCUCUGAAAGGAUUAGUAAGAGACUGCAACCAGCAAACUGCUUCAUAAAGCAGUGCAUAGGCUACACACACUCAUACCUCUUUGCUCUUGUAUAAAGUGUGUGUUUGUGUGUACGUCUUCAGUUUAGUUGUUGAUGUUCUGAAGCAGUGUUGUAUUUAUGCUGAAUACGUUUAAUACGCACAGCAUAGACACAUUCCUACAUUCGCUGUUCUGUCCUCUUAUAUAAUUAGCAUGUUGUGGAGCGCAACAGCACAGUCCUUGUAUUUACAAUACGAGAGAGAAGCAGAUUUUACAGUUAUUGUUUUGUAACAAUGACCGUGAUGAGAGAAUAGAGAAGAACAGAGAGAGAGUUAGUUUAGGGAAAGUAAAGGUGCUUAUGUGUUGUGAAAUUAACUCCAGACAGAACCUUGCUACUCGUUUACAGAUUUUUUUUCUUUUCUGUUUGUUUUAUCUUUGUUUUGCUAAUUAGAGAGACUGAGUUUCAGAACAUAGUGUAUAUUUAUGAGCAGAGCAUAACAGAGCCAAUCUUCAAACUUUGAUCAUAUUUCUUUUUUUUUGUUUGUUUGUUUUUUGCAAGUGAGUCCAAAGGGAUUGAAGGGGCAGAAGAUUGUAUUGGUUUUUGGUGGUGAGACCAAUUGUUGUCAAGCCAACAAGUUGGGAAGUGCAGGGAUACAAGAUGUAAUGAUAGUUUAGUGUAGUAGUGAUUAAGAUGACAGAGGAAAUAUCAGUGUGGGACCUAAUUGAAACUCAGUUGAAGAUUUCUCCACUCAGUCCAAAGUGACUGUCACAGAAUAGCCAAGCUCAAGCUGCGAUAACUCUGGGUUCUGACAGCUUAACUCAGUCAGGCGAUGCAUGUGUAUCUUAAAUCAGCCCUGUAGGGGGGAUACUGCAGUCAGAAAAGCUACUUUCUGAAUGUACCUAAUAAUGAGCAUGCUACGGAGCAAACCAGCCAAGCCAUGUCCAUCAGUUGAGGUCUUUUAUUUUGCAGACUGUGUCAGUGUCUGUUAAUCUAGGACUUUUCCAAAAUGCUCUUUACAUACUAUCAACCCAUGAUUCUUAUUUUACAGUGUUUUUGCUGUGCUUGCUCUCUCUAUUUUGUAAACGUGCAUCGUACCAUCACAUUUAUUAUGAAAUAUUUUUUUUCCCAUCUACCAUGUUACACUACAUACAGUCAUACCAUAUUACUAUGAUUUCUUGUUCUGGACCAAUAAGGUGAAGACACUUUUCUGCAGGACGGCCAUGUGGUGACACUUUAGCAGCCACAGUCUUCACCUCAGCUGUAACAUAUGUACUUGACAAAUGUUUUUUAUUUGUCUUGUGAAAGUCUAUUUUUUCUGUUGUGUUAAUCCUGCAAGUGUUUCCAUUCAUGAAUUGUAAUGGGAUCUGAAGAACUCUUGGGAAAGUUCUGUCGAAUGUCUUCUGAAAAACUAUAUUUAAACACUAAGCGUUAUCAAGCCGAGCUUUACUCGUUCUAGUGAAACAGAAUGUUGUAUACUCUGUACAUUUAGGAAUAAAAAAAAUGUGUCGUUUU